GUCGUAUAAGUAGUCUUACUAGUCAACCUUCACAACGAGCGGGAGGAAUGAAGAGAGUCAACGUUUUUCUUAGAGUUUUGUUUGGUUUUAGGCGUAAUGAACUCUAGUCUGAAAUUAUUUUGCGCGUUAUAAUUUCGCUGGUUGGCCAGAACCAGAUAGACUAAUAACUAAACUAGCCGUUUAUGAAUUAAAAGAGAAAGGUCUACUGAAGAUAUCGACGUCGCUUUGAAAUAUUAUGUUCGGAGUGGCAGAAAUACUACAUAUACUGCGUGAAGUGGUUGGGAGGAAUGGCCGCGCGCAGCAGUGAUGGACAGUCCGCGGACAGAUCCUCAAAGAAAAGGAACUGCAAGUCUUUCACGAUAGACAAAGUUGCCAUUGCCCGAUCCCUGUGUCCGGGCUCAGUGUCCGUCUGAACAUGCUUUCAAACAAGUCAUGCGAGAACAUCACCAGAAUCGAUGUGAAUGGGAAUCCAGUGACGAGCACUGUGAUGUUCAUCGCCGGGGUGGUUGGCAACCUCAUGGCUUUGGCUAUACUGGGUGUCCACCAGAAGGAGCGUCGAACGAAGUCCUCAGUCUUCUGCAUUCUCGUGACAGGUCUGGCUCUGACAGAUCUUCUGGGAACGUGUUUACUCAGUCCACCGGUUUUCGUUUGCUAUGCCCAGAGCACAUCUCUGGUGGGUCUGACGGGAGAUCAGCGGCUGUGCGAACUCUUCGCCUUCGCCAUGACGUUCUUCGGCCUGGCCUCUAUGUUCAUACUCUGCGCUAUGGCAGUGGAGCGGUGCCUCGCCAUCAGUCACCCGUAUUUCUACUCCAAACACGUACGGCGCAGCUUCGCUAAGAUCAUCCUCUUCCUCAUCUAUCUCUUUACCUUCGCAUUCUGCUUGCUGCCUUUCUUCGGAUACGGGCGGCACAAGCAGUACUGCCCAGGAACGUGGUGUUUUAUCAAGAUGGAGGCAGAAGGAGAGAGUGAGGAUGAGGAGAGGAGAACGCUGACCUUUUCGCUGUCCUACUCCUUCUUCAUGGCACUGCUCAUCGCUGUAGUGUUCUUGUGCAAUGGUUCGGUCAUCGUCAGCCUCUGCCGCAUGCACCGGAGCCAGCUGACACGUCGGGGUUCGGUGGUGUCGGCUGGACGCAAGAGGAGGCUGAGCACCUGGUUUGGACAGGGAGAGGAGGAAAUGGACCAUUUACUUCUUCUGGCCUGCAUGACCUUCAUCUUCGUCAUUUGCUCCUUGCCACUGACUAUCUGUGGCUUUGUGAAUGCUAUUAGUCCGGUUGGGAAUGAUCAGCAGAAUCUAAUGGCUUUCCGCUUCUCUGCAUUUAACCCCAUCUUGGACCCCUGGAUCUUCAUCAUCUUCCGUAAGGCAGUCUUCAACCAUAUCCGGGAAUUCUUUCACUGCUGCUUCCCCAGAGAUGCAGUAAAGACCACAGCUCAAAACUCCCUGUCCUUCCCAAUGGAGUCUGGAGACGUCAAACACAGCUCCAGCAUCCAGAGCAAGAUCUACUGCAGCCUCCCUCAGUGAGGCCUUGAUGAGAGACAACGCAUAUAUGACGGUGUGCACUGAGAUAUAUCAUGACCAUGAGACUUCAAAGCCUGAGAAGUCUUCCUGAAUGUGUGUACUAGAACCAAAUAUUAAAGCAUUGACAGCAGAGGACCUGUCAAAAUUGAUAACGUUCAUGGCGAUGGAAAGGAAAUGUACUAUAAAUGUGUGAAAUAACGCCCAUCGCUAAACAGGCUCUUCCGUGCAUGUAAACCACAGAAUUUGGAUGAACAACAUAAGGACAAAAAUGUUGACAAAUGAACAGAAUGUGAAGGCACAAACAACCAAUGUGCAUUUGGGGAACUGGCACUUACCACAAACAUGUAGAAAACAGACACGUGUCCUUCAGUUUACCCAUAAUCACCAACCAUAGAACAUCAUGAACAUCAAAGCUCAUAUAGAAGCGGAAAACAAUAAGCAUACCACUUUCCUUUUAAAAUCGACACUUCAUGAAACACUCUUCACACAGAAAUUGCAGCGUUGGAGAUGUAUGGUGUAACAAAAUAUGUGCUAGAAUGUUACAGCAAGUUGUUUAGCAGCAGACAGCCAAUCAUAAACUAAAAACAGCUUGUCUUAUUCAAUAUUAAUGUGCUUUGUACAGUCUGUUUUCAGAAUCUGAGGAAAGCAGUGAAAGCAUCAAACAGUGAAGGCAAUUACAUUAAAGUCAUAAAAAAUAUUGCCACAGAAGUUAUUAAACACUUUUAUUAAUUAUUAUUAAUUUAUUUUUAUUCAGAUGAGCUUUACAAGGUUCACAAAUGUACAGUUUAAAAAAAUUCAGAAGAACCUUAACCAGGAUUACUUAACCGAGGAUACCAGGCUAACAAUAUCAGUUGUGAGAAGACCAUUUGGUACAAACUCGUACUAGUUAAAGGGUUAGUUCACCCAAAAAUGAAAAUUGAAAUGAAAAACACAAAUUAAGAUAUUUUUCAUAAGGCCUGCAUUGCCAGCAAGAUAAUUAACACUUUCAGAUGCCCAGAAAGCAACUAAAGACGUAUUUAAAACAGUUCAUGUGACUACAGUGGCUCAACCUUAAUGUUAUGAAGCGACGAGAAUACUUUUUGUGCUCCAAAAAAACAAAAUAACUUUAUUCAACAAUAUCUAGUGAUGGGCGAUUUCAAAACACUGCUUCAUGAAGCUUCGAAGCUUUACAAAUCUUUUGUUUCGAAUCAGCGGUUCGGAGCGUGAAUCAAACUGCCAAAGUCACGCCCCCUAGUGGUGAACCAUUGAAAUUUAGAAACACUUAUGAUGUAAGGAAGCCUCGUUUACUGAAAUCACAUGACUUUGCCAGUUGAUACUCGCUCCGAACCACUGAUUCGAAACAAAUGAUUCGUAAAGCUUCAAAGGUUCAUGAAGCAGUGUUUUGAAAUCAUCCAUCACUAGAUAUUGUUGAAUAAAGUCGUUAUUUUGUUUUUUUGGCACACAAAAAGUGUUAGUUGUCUUGCUGGCAAUAGAGGCCUCAAUGAGCCAUCGGAUUUUAUCAAAAAUAUCUUAAUUUGUGUUCCGAAGAUGAAUGGUGAGUAAUUAAUGACAGAAUUUUCAUUUUUGGGUGAACUAACCCUUUAAAAUUAUGGUAACACUUCACAAUAAGGUUCAUUUGUUAACAUUAAUGUAUUAUCUAACAUGAACUAACCAUGAGCAAUACAUUUGUUACUGUAUUUACUAAUCUUCGUUAAUGUUAGUUAAUAAAAGUCCAGCUGUUCAUAGUUUGUUCAUGUUAGUUCACAGUGCAUUAACUAAUGUUAACAAGAUUUUAAUAAUGUAUAAGUAAAUUUUUAAAUUAACAUUAACAAAGAUUAACAAAUGCUGUAUAUGUGCAGUUCAUUAUUAGUUCAUGUUAACUAAUGUAGUUAACUAAUGUUAACUAAUGACCCUUAUUGUAAAGUGUUACCAAAAUUAUAAUACCUAAAUAGCUUUUUAGGGAUUGAUGUGUUGUAGAAGUGUGUAUUUUGUGAAAAGUUAAAAAUUACAUUUCACUGCCAUGGAGGUACUUAAGAAUGGAUAUUUUAAUUUAACUGUAAUAAUUUAAUGUAAAUAACAAAAAUACAAGGCAUUUAAGCUGUGUCUUAUCUGGGUGUGUUAUGAGUUUCCGGCAACAAUCAGAAGAUAUCUGGUGUUUAAUGAAUAGUUGUGUGGUAUAGGAGUUUGGACCAAUAAGAUUGCACUGUGUACGGGCUGCUGUGUACCAGCUGCCAAAAUCGAAACCAAGAGAUCAGGGUUGGGUAAAACAAAGUUUCAGAUAGAAGAGAUUUUAUCUCUUUGCUUUAGCACAUCAUCUGGUUAGUACAUGGUGUUAACAGAAAGGCUUCUGUAUAGUGUAAAUACAUUUGACCAUAUAGUAUGUUUACAGUUCAGCUGAUGUAGAAAGUUCAAACUAUCCUAACACAAUGCAUGUCUGCUUUAUACCUGCUCUCAAAGCUACUAAUAUCACCUUAAAUGUUUCGCUUAAAAACAUGGAUAUCUGUUUUUAAAAUACAUUUGCUUUUACCAUAUAUAAUGGUCACUGUAAAGAAACAUAUUUAUAAACUGUGUUUGAAGUUUUCUGCAGCUAAAGACUUGAUAUUGGUCUAGAAAAACGGCAAAAACUGUCUCAUUACAUGCUUUACUAGGGUCAUUGUCAGGAAAUACUGCCAGAAAAUAAAUCCAUUAGGUUGUACCCCCAAUAGACAUUGGGGGGCCACCUUAAGGGGGAUACAUUUCCCCACAAAUUCAGAUUAGUAGAUAACAAAUGGUCAAUUUUUAAACUAUUAUCCAUGCAGGAACAAAGACAAAUCAGAAAUUAUUCUCAGAAAAUUCAUAAAGAAUUUAAAAAAACUACAGUACACAAAGCAUGACAUUUUGGGAACAUUCAAAUUGGCUGAAUUCAAAGCACUUCAAAAUAGAAUUGUUUAAUUGUCAACAUGUUUGCAUUAGAAACUAAAUAGGUAAAUCUAACAAAUAAUGUGAAUAAAUUCAGUAUCCUGUUAUGCAUUUAUCACACAAACGUGUUUUUUUUUUUUUCCUGAGAAUGACCCACUAACAGUCUGUAUAAUGUUCUGAGAAUCAGGAAGUUUAAUUGACUAAACAAACUAAGUCUGUAUAGUGCCGGUGUAAAUUCACAUCCCUGCCAUGUUCGCUAAAAGCAUGCAUGCUGAUGUGAAUCUGAUGCCCUGUCGUAAUGUAAUAUUUUGUGUAUUUAUGUUUUUGUUUGUUUUUUGCACAGUGUUGUACAUUCGAUACUGCUUCGUGCACAUUGGGUUUGUUCAUGCAGUGUUGACUCAAGCUAGAAACAAUGGACACAUAGUAAAGAACACAACACCCUGUCCAAACAAACAUGUGUCAUUGUUUCUUCAGGCUGUUAAUGGGAUAAUCAUUAUAACAUUUAUAAAAAAAAUUUUAAAAACCCAUAGAUUUGAGCACAUUUUUGAGGUUUAUAAAGAAAUUCUUUAUGACCUACAAUCCACUUUGGUUUCAUAUGAAAAGAAUAAUACUGAAAAAUACUGAAAUAUCCAAAUAAAACCAAACUUGAUCUUACAUUAUUGGCCUAAAAUUUGACAAAUAACAAGGUAAAGAUAUUGAAGAUAUGUUUAUAUAUGUAUAUAUACAUACAUAUAAAAUUAAACAGAUGAGCACAAAAUGGAUUUAGGAAGAAACCAUAAUGUAAUCAUAAAGUUCAGAUCAAACUAUUUCCAUUCAUAUACUUUCAUCCAGUCACUGAAACUACUUUUAACUAAAUUCAGGCAAUUUAAAGUUGACAUAAAACAACCAACACUACCAUGUUGUGACAUAUUUUAAGUGAAAUGGCUUAUCGAACAAUAAAAAACGUGUUGACUUUU